AUGCUGCUGAGCGGAGCGGCGGCAGGCUCGGAGCGCGGCGGCGGGGCCGGGGCCGGGGCCGGGGCCGGGGCCGGGGCCGGGGCGGGCGGCGGAGCCCCGCAGUGCGUGGGCACCAUGGCCCGCUGGCUCCGCGAGCACCUCGGCUUCCGCAGCGCCAAGCCCGCGCCGCCCGCGCCGCCCAAACCCGACUACCGCGCCGGGCCGCCGCAGCCGCCCCCGCCGCCGGGAGGCGCCGCCGAGCCGCUGGCCUCGGCCCAGCCCGACAUCGUGGCCGCGUACCGCCUGCAGAAGGAGCGCGACUUCGAGGACCCGUACAGCGGGGUGCCGCCUCCCGCCGCCCCCGACGGGCCCCGCUACGUCUCGCCCAAGCACCGGCUCAUCAAGGUGGAGGCGGCCGAGAAGCCGCCCGCCGGCCCCGCGCCGUCCCCCGCCGCCCCCGGCUCGCCCCCCGCCGGCCCCGAGCCGCCCGACGAGCCGCCGCAGGAGCUGGCUGUCCUGGAGGACUAUGCAGACCCCUUUGAUGCUGCGCAGGUGGCUGGUAGCCAGGCAGGGGUGGAGAAGGUGACAGAGAACGAUGGGUAUAUGGAACCGUACGAAGCCCAGAAAAUGAUGGCUGAGAUCCGCCAGAAGGGCUUACGGGAGACUCCAACCCGGCCACUUCACCUCUAUGACACUCCCUAUGAGCCCAUCUCUGGAGGGCUGGAUGUGGACACUGACCGCCAUGCUUGCCCCAGGCCUAGGGAAUCUCGGUUGCCUGAGGAUGAUGAGCGGCCGCCAGAGGAGUAUGACCAGCCCUGGGAGUGGAAGAAGGAGAGGAUCUCCAAAGCCUUUGCAGUUGAAAUCAAGGUCAUUAAAGACCUGCCGUGGCCGCCACCGGUGGGACAGCUCGACAGCGGUGAAACCCCCCUGGACAGUGAGGCCAGUGCCUCUGUCCCCCCGCAGCACGGCCUGCAGAGCUACGAAGAUGCCAACGGGCCAUCAGAGGGGUUGGGCUAUGGCCGCACCUCACCCUGCAGGGAGGAGAAGGCCAGGGCUGCCCUCAGACAUGGUACCAGCAGCCUCAAGAGCACCAAGACAUUGAUCACAGAGCCUGGUCCCUUCCUUGGGGAGAGGAUUGACCCUGCACUGCCCCUGGAGAGCCAGUGCUGGUAUCACGGGGCCAUCAGCCGGACGGACGCAGAGACGCUGCUGAGGCUCUGCAAGGAGGCCAGCUACUUGGUGCGCAACAGCGAGACCAGCAAGAACGACUUCUCCCUCUCCUUGAAGAGCAGCCAGGGCUUCAUGCACAUGAAACUAUCCCGGACCCAGGAGAACAAGUACGUGCUGGGUCAGCACAGCCCGCCCUUUGACAGCGUGCCAGAGAUCAUUCAUCACUACGCCAGCCGCAAGCUGCCCAUCAAGGGGGCUGAGCACAUGUCCUUGCUUUACCCGGUGGCUAUCCGCACCCUAUAGCUGUCACCACGCACGAGCUGAGCUCGAAGCUGUGUGGACCUGAAGGUGGCCUGUCUGCAGGGCCAAACGCUGGUGUAGUGGACGGGCACCAGAUCAGCGAGACGGUGUUAUUGGGGACUUUGGCAGCUAGACCCCUCAUCAUGCUCUCACCUGGGGUUCCUGUGUGCCAGUGUGCCUGCUGGGAUGGCGACAGGGAGAAGGAGCUUAGUGGGAGCAUCCAUUUGCUGCCCUCACCCCCUUGGGAAGCAAGGACUGGAACUGGGGCCCUGGAGAGGACAUGAGGGGAGCAAGGUGCAGGAAAGGGGGGAGGAAGUAUCCUGAGA